AAAAGUUAUAUUUAGAAACGUUAUUCGAUUAAAACAUGCCACAAACAAUGAAAAAGAGUCCUUCGAAGAUUUCAGAUAUCAGUAAAGACCUAAGUGUUGCAAGAGGUCGAACAUCAAGAAUGGAUUUAUCUGGGGGUGACAUGGACUGGUGGAAAGGCAAAGUAUUUUUAAAACCUGAAGAUCAAUUACAAUUGACUGACGUCGAACUACAAGAAGAAAUAACUAAAGUACUAACAUCAGGUGAUCCUCGAGCAUCUGAUGCACUAGUCGAGUGGUCGUGGAAAGAACACGAGUUUAUAAAACUGCCCAAUCCAUCAAAUAUAAUUACCGUAAUAAAUAUACCGGGUACACUAUUACACCGAGAUUCAGAGGAUGCAAAAAAACAACUCGCCGGUGGUUACGAAGCUGCAGAAGAUUUUAUUGAAAACAGAGAAGCCAUUGACGAAGUCGCCGAAACUGAAGAAGAUGGAGAAGAUGAAGACGCAGAUGAUGACGCUGAUGGAAAACAAAAUGAUGCGGGUGGUGAACCAGAGGUUGAAGCCGAAGAAGAAGAAAUCGGUAUGGGAAAACCUAAAAAAGUACCGAAUCAAUUCAACUUUUGUGAACGUGCUGCUCUAACAUACAGUAAUCCUGUCCGAGACAUGAAUACUCAAACAAUGCCACCGCCGACAGCUUCAUUUAAUUCUCACGUCUUCCAAUGGAUUAUUUUUGAUGAAUAUCAAGAAGAUUAUGCUCGUCAACAACGGGAAAAAAAAGAAAAAGAGCGCAAACAAUUAGUGCCUCAGCAACAGAAGCAACAAAAAGAAGAAGUGAAGAAAAAAACUCUAGUCGAAACUGUGGCUGUUAACCAACGGAUGCUACAGGCGGCUAAAACUUUAGAGCGAAUGGUCAAUCAAAAUAUUUAUGAUGAAAUAUCACAAGACUAUCGGUACUGGAAUGAUCCAAGCGAUGAAUUCAAAGAUGGCGAAGGGUCCUUGCUACCACUAUGGAAAUUUCAGUAUGAAAAAACUAAAAAACAUGACGUUACUGACAUGUGUUUCAAUGCACGAUAUUAUGAUUUAUUUGCCGUUUCAUUUGGAUCAUUAUCCUUUGAUAGCCCAGUAUCAAAUGGUACAGUUUGUUUAUUCAGUUUAAAAAAUCCAUCAUACCCAGAAUGGAUUUGUGUCACUGAAUCACCAGUAAUGUGCCUGGACUUUAAUACCCAGCAUCCUCAUCUUCUUGUUAUCGGUACUAAAGACGGUACAGUGGCAGUUUACAAUGUAAUGCUACCAGCAACGGCGCCUCAAUAUAAAAGUAAUGAAGUUAUUCAGAAACACGGAGGAAUUGUUUGGGAAGUAAGAUGGGCACCGGAUACGGAAGAAGGCAAUUUGACAUUUUACAGCGUGAGUAUUGAUGGAAAAAUAAAUCACUGGGUAUUGUAUCAAAAUGAAUUGGGUUUGACGACAAUUAUGACUUUGUAUUUGAAUCGAUCACCAAUUCCUGGUCCUGAUGGUUCAUUUAUUACUCUUAAAGGAUGUGGGACUUGUAUAUCAUUUCAUCCAACUGAUCAUGAUAUAUUUCUUGUCGGAACUGAAGAAGGAACAAUAUAUAAAUGUAACACCGCAUUUAGUAGCACUUACAUGUUAACAUACAACGAAGCCCACAAUAUGCCAGUAUAUCGGAUUGUUUUUAAUAAAUUUAAUUCAAAUAUAUUUGCUAGUUGUUCUGGCGACUGGAGAAUUAAAAUUUGGGAAGACAAUCGAUUAGAACCUUUAUUCAUGUUUGAUCUUGGAGUACCGAUUGGAGACAUACAAUGGGCGCCGUACAGUUCAACAGUACUUGCAAGUGUAUCAAAUGACGGAAAGGUCACAGUAUUUGAUUUAAAUGUUAAUAAAUAUCGUCCGAUUUGUACCCAGCCGAUUGUCAGUAAAAAAAGAAGUAAAUUAACAAGACUGGCUUUUAAUAAUGAACUGCCUUUUAUUAUCGUCGGUGAUGACAAGGGAACGGUCAAUAGUUUGAAAUUGUCACCCAAUUUACGAGCCAAAGUUAAACCAACGAAAAAACAAAUGCAUUUAAGUCACGCUGAAUUAGAAGCUAUGAAAUUAGAAAGAUUAUUGAGCUUUGUACGGGAGCCACCAAAUUUAUCAGCUCAAAAAGAAAAAAAAACAUCUUAAAUUGUUGAAAUAAAUUUUUUAAAAUAAAGUAGAAGAUCUGAUACCCGAUCAGGGAACUAG